AUGUUGAUCACCAGCUGCCUCACAUCUCCCAAGUUCUUCACGGCCUCAUCCAACCCUGCACCUUCAAAGGAUUACAGUUACAAGAAGGCUUUUAUGCCACGGCGAGAGUUGCUUUAUCAAGAAAUCACUCAUUCCAUGUCACCUGAAAAAAUUAGCAUCUUUAAAUCCCUAGACGACUGGGCUGAGGACAACAUCUUGACUCACUUGAAACCUGUUGAAAAGUGCUGGCAACCUCAAGAUUUUCUGCCUGAUCCAGCGGCUUCCCGAGAUGACGGUUUUCUUGAGCAAGUCAAGGAACUGAGGGAGAGGGCAAAGGAGGUUCCAGAUGAUUUCUUUGUUGUUUUGGUGGGAAAUAUGAUCACUGAGGACGCCCUUCCCACUUACCAAACAAUGCUCAACACUUUGGAUGGAGUUGCAGAUGAAACAGGUUCAAGCCCUACUUCUUGGGCAGUCUGGACCAGGGCCUGGACUGCUGAAGAGAAAAGGCAUGGUGACCUUCUUAAUAAGUAUCUCUAUCUCACCGGACGAGUCGACAUGUCCCAAAUUGAGAAGACCAUUCAGUAUUUGAUUACUUUUGGAAUGGAUCCCGGGGGAGAGAACAAUCCCUACUUGGGGUUCAUAUUCACUUCAUUCCAGGAAAGGGCUACCGCUAUCUCUCAUGGGAACACUGCCAAACUUGCCAAGAAGCAUGGGGACUUGAAGUUGGCACAAAUAUGCGGCAUAAUAGCCUCAGAUGAGAAGCGCCAUGAGGCUGCCUACACCAAGAUUGUGACCAAGCUCUUUGAGUUGGAUCCUGAUUAUACUGUCAUUUCAUUAGCUCACAUGAUGAGGAAGAAAAUCACCAUGCCAGCUCACUUGAUGUAUGAUGGCCGUGAUGACCACCUUUUCCAACACUUUUCCAGUGCUGCGCAGCAGUUAGGUGUCUAUACCGCCAAUGACUAUGCCGAUAUAUUGGAGUCGUUGCUUGCCACGUGGAAGGUAGAAACCCUCGUCGGACUUUCACCUGAAGGCCGAAAGGCUCAAGAGUUUGUUUGUGGGUUGCCACCGAGAAUAAGAAAGCUAGAGGAAAGAGCUCAAGCAAGGACCAAGCAACCACCCAUGUCUGUACCUUUCAGUUGGAUUUUUGGUAGACAAGUGAGGCUUUUGUGA